CUUAUAGUUUGUCCUAGGUAGACUGGAAAAUUCCGGGUGAGGUAAAACAACUUUCACAGGAAACAAAAAAGGUUCAUUUUAUUACAAGCUAAAUAUAAUAAAUUAUCUGCAGCUCAUAGCCUCAUACACACGUAUUUGAAUCAAGUUAUGACAAUUCACACAGUACCGAUGCAUGAGUAUGAACAUUGGAAUAUUAAAUUUCCUCGCUUUGAUAUGAAUAUAUAUGCUCUUUUAUCAUUUCUUUGAUUGUUAUAAAGAUUUCAUGUAACUGCAUCAUAUAUGAUUCAUAUACUUUGUAAGGAAAUGGGAGUAAUCUGCGCGCAUAUUUGGACAACGCUUAUCAUGUAGUAAACAAAGUAUUAAAUAAACUGCAUAUCUAAUGUAAACUGCAUAUCUGCUAUAAUUUACAUUAUAUCUAAUGUAUUUUUACUAUUUUUAUUUCUAAAUUAGAAGAAUUCUAUAGUAAAAUUGAGAUAUAUUCCAAUGUAUUCUUCUAGAAUAAUAAUAUUUAAAUACAUAAUAAAAAUAGAGAAAUACUAUUUUUUACUUUAUAAAUAGAAAAAAAUAACAAUUUUUAUUAUAAAAAAAGAAAUGAAAUUGGGUUGAAAUACUUUUAAUUCUAAUUGCUAUUAUAGAAAUAAAAAUAACAACGAAUUAGAGAUUCUCUAAAGAGAAUAACAACUCACGAUAUGGUCAUUGGAAUAUGCAUGCUUAUUCUCCGGUCAUCUCACGCUCAAUACCUUCAUUGCCAUGUUACUUUUAUGUAUACAAUCACCAUUACUAGAUCAUCUUUUUCUCAACUCCAAAAAAUAACCAAAUAAAGCAAAACUUGUUCUUUGGGAAAUUCAUUUAUAUUAUAUGCUGUUUAAAAGGUGGUAUAUGGUACAUAUUGACAUAUCACAAUUAAUUUACAAAUGCACAUAACCUAGCGAUAAAAUACAAUCGUUGCUUCCCUUAUUACAUAACUUCAAAUUCACAACUGGAUAUAUCUAACAGCGUAUGUAUACUAUACAUCCACUUCAAAACAUAAUUUAAAUUAGUCUACUGAGAAAGGCACAUAUUAGAAAGAAAAAAAAACUUAUAAUAUGCAUAUUUUUAGCAUAUUUCCAUAGUAAAAAAAUAGCAUUAUUAAAGAAAUGAAAGAAAAUUACAGAAGCAGAUACAACAAACAAAACAGUUCAAGAAAAUCACAAACGCAUCGACCUGUCCUACAUUACAUUACAAGUGAGCCCAUGUCUUGUUAGUCCAGCCAAUUACAUCACCUCCCUCUAUUCCCUUCUUAUCAACAUCAUUUAUAGUUUCCAUAAUUUAGGAUAUCUAGUUUCCCAAUUACAUUAAACGUGACACUUAAUUCAGCUAAGUUUACACCCGUUUGGUGAACAAACUAAGGAGGAGCAAUAAAUCAGUUACUCGAAAACAGAAACGAUGAAAGCACACACGUGUAAUAUGUAUUCUCUAUCCAUUAUUAUAUCACUUUAUAAAGUGAUAAGUUAACCCAAAUAAAAUAAUAAGUUAAUACAAUUAAAAAAAAUAUUUAAUCCAUUUACGCCUCAGACCUAUAUAUACGUAUAUCAUCAAACUUCCUUUCAUUUCUCUACAUCAAACUCAUUCUCUUCUUAUAUUAUAUACUUUACACCAUCAAAGUACCAACAAUAUGAGAACGAUGGCAGACUUGGGAAGAGAAAGAAGCAGCCAUCUACGAGUCAUUAACUCUCCGACCAACGUUGACUGUGCCCGUGAAGUCCGUCUCCGACUAACCCUACGGUCCCUCAUCGAGUGCUUACUCCCAUACUGUUGCACUUACCAAUCUCCUCCCUCCGACCAAGACGACACCGUCUCUUCCUCUUCCUCCGACAAAACCGGUGCAGUUAUUACCGGAACUUUCUUCGGCCACCGUCAUGGCCACGUCAGCUUUUGCCUCCAAGACGACACUCAUCCGUUCUCUCAGCCGCCUCUCCUCCUACUCGAGCUAGCCGUUCCCACGGCGGCUCUAGCUCGUGAGAUGGAGGAGGGCUUUCUCCGAAUCGCUCUCCGGAGCAAAAGCAACCGCCGGUCUGAUAUCUUAGACGUGCCGGUUUGGUCUAUGUACUGCAACGGAAGGAAAGUUGGGUUCGCCGUGAAGAGAGAGAUAACUGAAAACGACGUCAUGUUUCUUCGGAUGAUGAAGUCUGUUUCCGUUGGCGCAGGGGUGGUUCCAAACGGCGAGACGUUGUAUUUGAGGGCGAAGUUUGAGCGAGUCACGGGGUCUAGCGACUCGGAAGCGUUUCAUAUGGUUAACCCAGAGGGUAGCUAUGGACAGGAGCUUAGCAUUUUUCUUUUGAGAUCGUGAUAUAGUUGUUAACUUGUGAUUAUGAAAAAAUCUAGUUCUUAUGAUGUGUUUUUUUUUUUUGAUGAUGUGUUAUUUAGUGUUCGGUUUUGUGUAUAUUUUACAACUUUGGUUUAGUUACAAAUAGUGUUUACUGUUUACGGAUGUUAUUAUAGCUUAUAUAUUAGGGUGGUAUAUUGUAACAGUGUGUGGAAUAUCCUCAGAUAAUUUUAGAUAAUGGUGGAAUAAGUUUAUAGAUCC